AGUUUAGCCUCAGGACCUGGUAUGGCUCGUUACGAUGAUUUUAAAGUUUACAAAGUCUUUGUUAAGGAUAUGCAACAAUUGAAUCAUUUGAAAAAAUUUCGUGAGACAUUGCCGGUUCGCCAUUUGAAUGAACUCACUGGCAUAGAAAACUAUUAUGAUAUUGCCAUUGAUCCUGCAAAUCAACAGAAACUUGAGGAACACUUGAAUUAUUUUGAAAUGGACUAUAGGAUCACCAUACCGGAUUUACAGAAAGUGAUUGAAGACAGCCUGCCUCGUACUCGUAGCUCUGGCAUGGAAUGGACUCAAUAUCAUAUGCUAGAUGAUAUUUACGACUUUGUGGAUAAUUUAACACAAUCUCAUGCAUCAAUAAUUACGCCCUACACCAUUGGCUAUUCCUAUGAAAAUAGACCCAUAAAGGCUAUUAAAAUUUCACAUAAACCCAAUAAUAAGGCCAUCUUUAUAGACAGUCAAAUACAUGGCAUUGAAUGGAUCACUUCGGCUGUGAGCACUUGUUUCUUCAAUAAAUUGCUAAAUUCUCAGGAUAACACCUUGCGCCAUAUGUUGAUGAAUUAUGAUUGGAUAUAUGUGCCUGUUGUAAAUCCAGAUGGCUUUGUUUACACCCAUACCGUUGAACGUUUGUGGCGUAAAAAUCGUAGGCCUACAGGUUUCUCAAAUUCUUCGGGUAUAUGUUAUGACAUCGAUCUAUAUCGUAAUUUUGGCUAUGAAUGGGGUGCCGGUUCUUCUUGGAAUUUCCAUGAGCCUUGCGACCAUUGGUAUGGUGGAGCGAAACCCGAUACUGAACCAGAAGUUUUGGCCUUACAGGCUUUUAUAAAGUCAUUCCCAGACGACUACAUUGAAAUGUAUAUUCCUCUUCAUUCGUAUGGUAAUUUUGUGUUGUUGCCUUACGGCCAUACCAUCGAUUAUUUCCCACCAAACUAUAAACAAAUGGAGCGAAUUGGAAAAGGUUUUGCCGAUGCAGCUAGAGUUAAAUAUGGAACUGAUUUUAAAUAUGGUGCCACAGGUGUUCUCAAUCAUUCUGGCUUUGUUUCGGGUUCCGCAAAAGAUUGGGUCUAUGCCAUGAAAAAUGUUUCAUACUGUGGUUCCAUUGAAAUGCGUGACCAUGGAGAAUAUGGUUUCUUCCUACCACCCAAUCAAAUUGUUGAGGUUUGUGCCGAAGUAACUGAUGGCCUAAUCGGUAUGCUUAAGGCAGCCGAAAAGGAGAAUCUAUUCGAACGUAACUCAGCAUCUGGAGUCAGCGCAUCAUUAAGGAUGACAGUGAUGAUGGUGUUUUGUUUUACAACCAUUUUAGACUUAUUACUUGCAAUUAAGAAAAUCACCAGAAAUGAAAAACAUUUUUCAUUUUCCCCGCCCCAAAACUUGUAAAUAUUUCAUUUUUACAAAACGUCGCAAAGUGGCCAAAAAUUUAAAUUCGCCGUACAAACAUUAAUUUUUAAAAUUGUUUGA